CACGGAAGCCCCAGAAACCGCAGCAGAGCGGGAAUCUGACUAGAGAGGAGGACGCUAUGAGCGUAGGGACGCCCGGCGUGGGCGUCGCUGCGUGUGUGCGUGCGUACUGCGGCGUUCCUUUACUCCUACCUCUCUUCCAAGCCCGGAGUCCCGCACCCAAGACUAAUUUCCCGCGCUGCUGGACGCCCCCGCCCAUGCCGGUGUUUUCGUUCCGGAUUCCCUGCUGAGGCCUGGCGGACUCGGGGGGGCCCUUUCCCCAUUCAUGGUUUUCUCACUGGGUUCCCCUCAAGCGGGAGGUAGAACCUCCAAAAUGCAGACCCCAAACACUAGGUCUCUGCAUUUGAGUGAAUGGCAGAAGAAUUACUUUGAUAUCACCUCUGGCAACUGUACUCCAGGCCAGAAGGCAGAUGCCUUCCGUUCACAGAUUCUACGCAUUCAAUAUGCAUGGGCAAAUUCUGAGAUCUCUCAGGCCUGUGCUGCCAAACUCUUCAGAAAAUAUGCAGACAAAUACUCCGCAAUUAUUGACUCUGACAAUGUAGAAACUGGCUUGAAUAACUAUGCAGAAAAUAUUUUGACUAUUGAAAAAUGCCAGCAAGCUGACAGUAGCAAGUGGCAAUCUGGAUUAACAAUAGAUAAUGUUUACAAAUUAAAUAGUGUGCAAGAGAUGAUGCAGGCUGGCAGAAAGUUCAAAGAUUCUCUGUUGGCACCAGCAGAUGCAUCAAUAGUAAUCCAUAAGGAGGUUAGUGCCUUUGCUUUUUCCAAACCUAGUGUUUGUGGUAGUUCUGGAGAGGCCAACCAGUGGAUUAAAUCUAAAUGUACUGAGCAGAUGCUAGGUAUUCCAGAGCAACCAGCAUCCUUGAUCCAUCCUCAGAAUAAUCAGCUUCCUAUCAUGACCAGAACUACAGAUGACUUUCCUACAUCCUCAGUGCCUUUAAAUGAACUGCCCAGGACAAAGUUUCAUGUUACUCCAUUAUUUGGAAAUGUCAAAACGGCAAGUAGCACUACAAAAGCCAAUAAGGUAUUAAACAUAUCAAAUCAGUCCUUUUUUCAUUCUGGCUGUGGAAAUCCAGGGAAAAAGAGGACUUUUUGUGAUUCUGGCUCUGAAAGCACUGAAGCCCUUUCCAGUCCCACACUGAAUAAGACUCUUGGUAACAUGGAAACUAGUAACCAUAGGGAUGAGAGCAGUCCUUCUAGUUUUAAAACUGCAAAAGAACAACUAUGGAUAGAUCAGCAAAAGAAAAACCAUCAGCCCCAGCGUGCACCAGGCAUUUCAUAUGGUGGAGUAAAAAAGUCUCUGGGAGCUGGCCGAUCUAGGGGCAUCUUUGGGAAGUUUGUUCCUCCCCUGGCUAGACAGGAUGGCAGAGAUGAGAAAGGAGGGACACAAAAUAAACCUCCUGGGCCCAAGCCUGAAGAACCAGCUCAUCCCAUUGAUGAACGUUUGAAGAAUCUAGAGCCAAAGAUGAUUGAACUUAUUAUGAAUGAGAUUAUGGAUCAUGGUCCUCCUGUAAACUGGGAUGACAUAGCAGGAGUUGAAUUUGCUAAAACUACAAUAAAAGAGAUAGUUGUGUGGCCUAUGUUGAGGCCAGACAUCUUUACUGGGUUACGAGGCCCUCCCAAAGGAAUUCUACUCUUUGGUCCUCCUGGAACAGGUAAAACUUUAAUUGGCAAGUGCAUCGCAAGUCAGUCUGGGGCAACUUUCUUUAGUAUCAGUGCUUCCUCCUUGACUUCUAAAUGGGUAGGUGAAGGGGAGAAAAUGGUCCGUGCCUUGUUUGCUGUUGCAAGAUGUCAGCAGCCAGCUGUGAUAUUUAUUGAUGAAAUUGAUUCCUUAUUGUCACAGCGUGGAGACAGUGAGCAUGAAUCUUCUAGAAGGAUAAAAACCGAAUUUUUAGUUCAGUUAGAUGGAGCAACCACAUCGUCUGAAGAACGUAUUUUAGUGGUUGGUGCAACUAAUCGACCACAAGAAAUUGAUGAGGCUGCUCGGAGAAGAUUGGUAAAGAGACUGUAUAUUCCACUCCCAGAAGCUUCAGCAAGGAAGCAAAUAGUAAAAAAUCUGAUGGCCAAGGAGCACUUUUGCCUUACUGAAGAGGAUAUAACCCUAAUCGUUAGGCAGUCUGAUGGAUUUUCUGGAGCAGACAUGACACAGCUUUGCCGAGAAGCUUCUUUAGGUCCUAUCCGAAGUUUAAAGGCAAUUGACAUUGCCACAGUCACACCAGACCAAGUUCGACCAAUAACUUUUAUUGAUUUUGAAAAUGCUUUCCAAACUGUGCGCCCGAGUGUGUCUCUAAAAGAUUUGGAACUGUAUGAAAACUGGAAUAAAACUUUUGGUUGUGGAAAGUAAAUGAAUGAAGUACAACCUAAGGCAGCUUUAUAAUACAUCUUUUUAAAACUUGGAAGCCAAAUAGUUAUUUCUAAUAAAUUUACAGUUCUUGAAGAAAGUAAAAUGCCUUUUCCUACCCCCCCACACACAUUUUCCAUUCUGUGCUUCUUUUGAUGUAAAUUCAUAUAUUUGAAUUUCCUCUGGUUAUUAAAUCAUAGUUGAAGUCUGCAUGCCCAAAAUGAGAAUGAAAUUUAUGUUUUUGAGGGUUUUUUUUUUUCUGUUUCAAAGGAGCACUAUAAAAGAAACAGUACAUUUAUAUUGAUUUUUUUAAAUCUAGCAAUUGAAUUUGUGAAGUUUUCUUGUAUCCAUUUUAUGUUUAGGAAUGGAAUAACUUUUUGAAAGGUCUUAUUUUUUAAUGUCUUUAAAAAGUGGUAAAAUUUAGAUGAAGAAAAGUUAAAAAAACAACCCUCAAAAUAAUAGCAAAAAAAGCUACUUAACCAGUCAGUACAAGUUUUUUGUUUUGAUCCUUACAGUUUACAAUCCAUCCUCUUAUUUUCUGUUUUCUUACCUCAACAUGAUGGACUUAAAAAGAUAACAGUGUUUAGUAUUAUUUUUUUCUGAGGCAUGUAGAAUUUUGUUUUUGCUAUAACUGCCAAACAUUUAAAGUGAAUAAAGAUUUUCUGUAGUAAAAAUAUGCAAUGAAAAUAAGGAAUAUUUUGGAAUUAGAACUUUUUCUGUAGUGUGACAUGAUAAAAAUACCUUGAGGACAGUCUUUUUAACUCCUGUUUUAAAAUCAAAAUUGUGUUGUGUGUAUUUGUUCCAAGUCAGAAGACUGGAAAGGGCUAGGUAAUGGGAGUUAAGUGCCUUGUCCAGGGUCACACAGCUAAGAAGUGUCAGAGUCCAGAUUUGAACCUAGGACUUCCCAUCUCUAAACCUGUCUUUCAAGUCCAUUGAACCACCUAGCUUCCCACAACAUCAGUACUCUAAAAAAUAUUUUGUGGGUUAAGAAAUUAAUCUUUUGUUUGAUACUUUAUAACCUUCUACAAUAUUUUCUCUUAUUAGGUCUUUUGUAAUGAUGGAUUUAAAAACAAUUUUUUCCAGAUUUUUUUUUACUUGAAUUUUGGAAUCAUGCAAAGAUCAAAAUUAUGCCUAGUCUCUUUCCUUGUAUUUUGUAUUAGCAAACAUUUUUAGGUAAUAUCAAGACCAUGUUUAGUUUUUGAUAACUAACCAAAUUUUAACUUUGGUUAGCAUAGAAUAUUUGUAAAAAAAUGUCAUUGCUAACUCUGUUCUUAACUUUCAUUUCCCAUAUCACUUCCCAACCCUAACUGAACCCUCCGUUGUGAAAAAGAAAAACAAGCAAAAACAUUUAUUAAAGAAACUAUGACAGUGUGUCUAA